AUGGGAAAGGCCCAGAGCAAAAACGAAAGCCCUUCACAGGCUGCCUCGACACUCCCCGUGGCGGAUCCUGAGGUGGAAUGCGACGAGGAUGGUCUCCCGUUGCCUGAUGCCCAUGCCCAAACGUUUUCAGACAGCGCUCGAAGCUCUUUUGAUGCGAACGGCCAGCAGCAGCCCUGGCUCCAACCCAAUGCUCCGCGCGAUGCGAUACAUGAAUUUCUCCUGCUCCAAAGUCAAGGGGACUUUGUGAUUUACAAGGACCCCAAAACCCAGACCACCCACCUUGCUGUCCAAAAUGGUACCGGUGUCGACCAUUUUGCCAUUAUCGAGAAUGAGGAGCAAAAAUUUCAAGCCGCUGUAGACCAUUCCUACGCCGUGCAGCCCACGUUUGAGUCCUUGGAAGCCUUGGUCAAAUUCUAUCAGCGUCGUGAUUUAAAUAUGGCUAUUCAUCCGUUUCGCCUCCGCCAAACCCCAUCAGUCUUUCAACUGGAUGAGACCGUGCAUUCCACCGAGGAGCCGCUUUUGCCAAAGGAUUCCGAGUCCUCGGCACCUGCCACACCGGUACCGACACCGGUGGCCGACAAUGGCGGGCCUGAUGAACCCGACCUGGUCGAGGCCACGUCACCACAACCCGACCCUGUCCUUCCUCGUGCCCCAGCCACACCAGUGCCGACACCGGUGGCAGAUAGCGACGAGCCCGGUGAAACCGACCUGGUCGAGGUCACAACAACCACUGCUGACUCCCUUUACGGCACGGCUGUUGGAGAGCCUUUGAGCAUGGAUCUGAGCGAUAUCGGGCCCACCGAUAUGGCUUACGGUGAUGUUCGCAGACCGGUUGACGCCACUAUCGAGGAGGAGAGCGAUGAUGAAGAGAAUGUGGUUGAUUUUGGCUUUGGCAAUGAAGCCGCUGGCGAUUUGACCGCUGGCUCGAGCGAAGCACGGCGGCUCAUCACACUCGGCUGUGAGGAUGAUGAUGAUGAGGAGUCUUUGCUUUAUUUUGAUUUACCUAUGCUCUCGGCCGCCAUGGCAGCCGGCACAGAAGGUGGUGAGGGCGAAGGCAUCAAGACUGAAAGUGCCUAUGACCUGGACAUGGGCAGUGGCCUCGAUGCACCUGUAAAUCCUUUGCCCGAAACUUUUGAAUCUAAAGUUGAACCUGAUGCCCCAGACGCAACCCGCCCCCAAGCGUACGAGAAUGACUUUUCCCCACUCCUGGCCACUGUGAACGAUGCCCUCGUCCAAGCAGCCGAGGUCGAGUUGGCUGAAUCCAAGCCUGUCAAUGCCAGCCACCCCGACAGCCCAUCGACUGGCAAACUUGACUCAACGCAAGCUGCAAGCGCCGCUGCGGGGCUUCCCGAUGCACCACCUCGUCCCUCUCUCAAUCAGUCUCAGGACAACCUCGAUGCUGGCAAGGGCGACAUGGAUUUGGACGCUAUCAAUGAGGAUGCUACGGAUGGGGAUGAGCACGACCCCGCAAUGAAUGAUGUUGACUACCUGAAGCCAGCUGUGCUGGGUGAGCGAGCAGAGAAUGGGGAUGCUGGCCAAAGCAACGACUACUCCAAGGCCUACGAGCGCUUGCCCGAUGAUGACACGGAAGACAUUUACCGGUGGGCUCGUGGUAUCGACCCUCAUCUGUCAGCAGGCGCCAUUCAACCACUGUGGGUUCAUGGCACGUACUUGAAUCGUGACAAGGCUGAACAGCUGCUGGUGCGCUUUGGCCGGGGCCAGGGACUUUUUCUGGUGCGCGAACGGCAGUUGCGCGACGCGAAUGACGCGUGUCGCUUCUGUUUGUCACUGGUCAUUGACCAUGGCAUCGAGCACCAUUUGAUCGCGGACAAUGGCACUAUGUACUCCAUGCCGGGUAGCAAGCAAUUUCGCACAGUACGCCAGGCGAGCGACCUCUCGUCCAUCCUAAUGCAAAUCAACGCGGCCGUCCCCGGGGCACUGCGUCAGGCAAUCGUAAUUCCCAAGCUUUCGCGCGAAGAAAUUGGUGGCUUUCCCGAUUUUUUCCACGGAAAGAUUGACCGCCACGAAGCGAACCGCCGUCUUCGUAUUGACGGAGGCAACGCUGAGGGUCACUAUUUGGUGCGCGUAUCCUCCAACGUGCAUGGCAGCGCAAACUCGGGCGCGGCCGCCGCGUUUGUGAUAUCAGUUGUCAGCAACAAGCUGCCCAUGCAUCACGUGGUGCGCCGCGAUGGGAACCACUGGGUCCUGAAUGAUGCCUUUAAGUUUCCUCACAACUGCAUCAACCUGACUGAUGUGUUGUCAUUUUUGAUGCAUCCACUCGCCCACGUUUCCUUUCAACUUCGCUCCUACGUGCGCUGCCCUCCGGUGUAUCGCCCCAAACCUUUUGGUGCGCCCGUGUCUGAAUUUGACGGUUUACCGCCGCCCCUCAUCAUGAGCCCCCCGCCACCGCAAGUUCCUUCCAUGGCCAAUCGUCCCAAGCGUAUGUACUAUGCCCUUUGUCAGUUUGACCCGGUUGCAGGCGUGGCCUCUCUCACGAAGCAUCAAAUAUGUCGCUGUUUCCUCUCAUAG